AUCUGAUUGUUUUACUUGAAACACCUGAAAUGAUUGACUCUCGAUAUGUAUUGAAUAAUAAUCAUUCACCAAUAAAAACGAAAUGAAUUGUGGCAUGUUUGCAUCAUAAAUUCAUUGACAAAAGAUUGCGACCAAAAGCUAAACGGCCUUAACAACAUAUUGUCAGCUAUUUGUCCUCGUGUUGUGGAAUAACCAGAAAUUUGGGAUCAUUUGAAGGUGUGUAAUAAGAUUGAGAUUAUUAUCAACACACUUUUAUUUAUUGUGACGGAUUUGAGCACGUUUUCAUCAACUUGAAGAGCAAGUUAAUAAAAUAUAUAUUCUUUAUUUCGGGGAACAUCAAAUAAAAACUAUUACUUUAAUGCAAACCCAAUCUCCAAAUCUAAAACUAAUUUCACUUCUACUCUAUGACCUUUAGAAGCGUCGUAAAAACAUUAUCAAUUAUUAUGAUAAGAUUACCUGGAUAAACAUUGAAAAUAAAAGGAGGGCAUUGAAGAAUUCACGUUCAAUUGCAGUUGAACAGUAAGACAGAAAACAUGUCGAUCGUGUGUGAGAAAAUUCAGGACAAGGAAGUCCAAGAGAAAGCAAAUUUCGGUGGCUGUUAUGAGUUUAUUCUCUUAAAAAACAUUAAAUGGAACAAGGAUCGAUCGUGUUUCCAUACACACUUAUUUCGCGACAGAAUUGAGUCUUAUUACAAUUUCGAAGUGCGUCCGGACGAUGUCUUCCUGGUUUCCUUUCCCAAGUCCGGGACAACUUUUAGUCAGGAAAUGGUGUGGCAGAUAUCCCAGGGAAUUGAUUUUGAGACUCCAAAAGUUCAACCACAAGAAAUCAGAUUCCCUCACUUGGAGAUGAACAGCAUGUUUGCCAAAGAAAUGCUUGACUUUCCUGACAGAUAUGCUAUCUUGAAUGAGAGGAAAACGCAGAGAUUCAUCAAGAGCCACUUGCCAGCUCCUUUUCUGCCCAAGCAAGUCUGGAGUGUAAAGCCAAAAAUCAUUUAUGUGGCCAGGAAUGCUAAGGACACAGCAAUUUCUUAUUACCAUUUCUACAAGCACGCUGGACAGAAUCAAGCAAGUCUUCGGGAGUUCCUUGAUUUCUUCAUGAACGACAAUGUGUUGUACGGUCCUUAUCACAAUCACGUGAUUGAUUUCUGGCAGAUGCGAAAUGAGGAAAACAUCCAUUUCAUCACAUUCCAGGACAUGAAGAGAGAUCUUCCGUCGGUCAUCGAGAAGACUGCUAAAUUUCUCGGAAAAUCCUUGAGCAAGGAGCAAAUCUUGACGCUCGCCGACUAUUUAUCAUUUGACACAUUCUCCAAAAACACAUCUGUUAAUCGGGAAGAUAUGUUUUUGCAACUGUGCAACACAAUGAAUUUGGACAGAGAGAAGCAGGACUAUAACUUCAUCAGGAAAGGCAAGUCUGGAUCGUUUCGCGAGGAAAUGCCUGAAGAUCUAAUCGAAAAGUUCAACGAGUGGACAUUGAGAGAGACGGAGAAAGCUAAUGUUGACCCUGAAAUCCAAAGCGUUUUCUUCGGUGUAUAAUAAAGUUCCACUAUGUAUCUUAUCAAUGUGACAGAUAAGUGAUAAGGCCAAUGUCUUAAAUAUAGAUU